GCCUUCACUCGACUAACUUUAUUCUCGCCAAUAAUACAAUACAGUUUGAUCAGCCCCGCCUAUCAUGAGCUCCGUAUCGAUCUCACCUGCCCUUUCUCGUCCCCGCUCGCCGCCUUAUGGCCGACUUCCCCCACCCUCAAUUAGCCCAUCGAGCAGGAGGGAGAGGGAGAGGGAGGAAAGGCUCAUUAAUGCCUUCGAGGCGGAGGAGGAAAGGAUUAUUAAUGUGCUUUCGAGGAAACUUGAGCAGCUCCGGGAGGAAAAGAUAAGUCUCGAGCGGCUACAUGAGGAAGAGGAGGAGGCACGGGUGAACCGGCUUGCAAGGGAACUUGCUGUGCUUCGUGUCCGACAGCAUCGGGCUCAGCAGUCGCAAUCUCAGCCUCAGGCGAAUGGGACGUAUGCGGAGGAUGGGAGUGUUGCCGGCUCAUCUUCGGGGAUAUCUACGAUACCUGCUGGUAUUGGUAACGGCACAUUAGCGGUGAAUGGAUUGGGCCCACCGGAUCCGAGUGCGGAGGUUUUGCUGAACGCACUGAAGAAGGAGAAUGAGAAUUUGCGAUCGCGGUUGGGGGCUGUGGAGAGGGAUUAUGUGCGGUUGACGAGGUUGAAUGAGGUGUAUAGGGAGGAAUUGAUUCAGCAUCGGCGGCGGUUGGGCAUUUCUGUGGAUAAUCUAAUAGGUCUUUCUAGUGCUUCGGAUCCGUAUUCACAACCAACGCAUCGACGGGGAUCUUCUACAGCUUCAACAUCCUCCAGCUCUCCAACAGCAUCCAUGGUUGCUCUCCCAACCAUGCAAGCUCGUCCUUCUUCUACCACACACAGUGUUCCGAUUCCGCGUCCCUCAGCUACGAGUAAUUCUCGCCGCGCACAUGCUGUGGUUACACCUGCUUCCAUUCCAGAAAGUCCGACAUCAGCCUCGUCCAUUGACUCUCCUUCCCCUGUUCCCUCGCCUUACCUUGACUUGUCUCCAGUAUUGAGUGCACUACCUGCAAGUUAUGCAAGCGGGGCAACAAACUUGACGACUCCGCCGAGUAGUGCAUCACUAAGAGACACACCACCUGCACCUUACGGUACACCGGGUGCGAGCUCAGCAGUCGUGGGGUUGAGUUAUCCGAGUGUCCCACCACCUAGUUUGUCGAGUUCAUUGGGUUCGCCAGUUGUUAUGACGCAUAUGCCAUCUCCCGGACAUUCACAUUCUGGAUCUGGGUCUGGAUCAGGAGGAGGGGGAAUUGGCUUUCCACAUGAAAGACGGUACAGCCAGGGAAGCAGGAGGACGAGUGUGGAACGUGGGGCGCGGAUUGCGGAAACAGGGAGUCUGGUGAGGAGUCGGGCGGGGAGCACGGCAUCACAGCCCAGUGGGAAUACGGAACAUGGGACAGGCGCCUUCGUGCCUUCGCUGGAUGAGACGCGCGAGUAACGAGUGCUUCCCUUGACUCGCGCAGUUGGGCACGAUGCUGCGCGACUGGGUAGAUGGACACUCAUGGACUGUCAGAGCGACUCAGACAAGUAGCUGGCCAAAUAUUUGGCAAUAGGACAGCCAAGAAGGAUCUCUUGCGCCAUCGUGUUUCAUGCCAGUAACCAUGCAUCUUCAUCUCAUGCUAAUAUAUCUCGCUUUUUGGCUUUCGGACAUGUAUACUAUUUUUCUCUCCAAGCGCUUGACGAUAGGUGUACAGCACAGACCUACCGUUCGUGCUCUGGUUGCUCUUUGUCCAGUGCUAAAUAAAGGGACAAUAGAUACACGUGCUGGGGCUGAACACAUGUG